AUUUAGGUUUUGUUUUUGUUUGCGGGUUUCAUUUAUUAUUAUUGCGUCUAAAUAUUAUUAGGCGACGCGUUGGGGCUUUUAUUUUGAAACUUCUUUUUUUUUCUCCGCGCACUCUGGUUAUAAUGUUUUCAGGCUAGAGAAUGUCCGACAACGCAGAAUCUCCCACAGAACCACAAAAAGAAGACUCAUCUACACAGAAUCAACAGAAUGUCGCAGCAGAUUCUGGAGAUACUACAAAGACGGAGGAGAAGAAAAAGAUCGAUGUGCUGUUGAAGGCAGUAGGAGACACUCCUAUAAUGAAGACUAAGAAGUGGGCAGUAGAGAGAGGGAGGACUAUUCAGUCUCUCUCUCAGUUCAUCUCACGCUUUCUUAAACUCGAGCCCAACGAACAACUGUUUAUUUAUGUCAAUCAGUCAUUUGCGCCAUCACCCGAUCAAGACGUUGGUGUCCUUUUUGAGUGUUUUGGCAGUGAUGGGAAACUUGUCCUUCAUUAUUGCAAGUCACAAGCCUGGGGAUGACCUUUCAACGUUUUACACACACAUGCAUACACACACAGACACACACACUCAUGCACGCACACACACACACACACACACACACACACAAUUAGUGUUCUCAUCAGUUUUUAUAAUGACUAAUUAUUUGUUAUUUGUCUUUAUGUAAUAAAUGUAAAUAAAUUAUUAUGAAACUGUAUAACCCUUCUUCUUUUUUGAUAGAUUGUGUUUUGCUAGAUUUCUCUUUCUGCAUAUUCUUUGAUUGCUGAAACAAGGGAUUACCAUACAGAUGUCAUAUCCCUAAAAACACCUAAUGUCUGUAGUGUUAAAUCUUGUUAAUGUUUGGAUUAUUUAGAAAGCCCAGCAAGUGAUUUACGCUCAAGUGCAGUCGCCUUUGCAUUGUUGCAACAGCAAGCAUGGAAGGAAUGAAUGUCUGCGCAAAGGAAGAUGGACUAACAGAUGGUGGGAUUACAAAAAGGAGGAGAUUUGUGAAGGCAUGUAGAGAAAAUGAGGAAAAUCCUGACAAGUGUGAGAGGCUAAAGGCAUGUUGGCUGCUUGGCUGUAUGGCUGAGGGCCAUUUCUGCUCUUGUCUUCCCAGAAAAUAGGAAACAGAGACAAAGGGUGGACUGGGAAGGGAACUGUUUAUACACAAUUGUUCAUUGUGUACUUGUUUCUGGAGGUAGGAAAGGAUCAUGUUUUAAAUUGUUUAUUUAAUAAGCUCAACAGUUUUUUUUUAUUCAGUUUAUUGGGAUAAAUAGUGCUAUGUAUCUGGCUGAUAGAGAUUCAACCUGCACUUAUGGCUCACUCCAGAAACCAAACAAAAAAACUAUAAUAAUUUCUGUGUCUCAGCAAUUUCUCUAAAACAUGUUUUAUUCAGAAGUGUUCAUUUGUAUUUGAGUAAUUUAUUAUUGAUUUUUUUCAAAUGCAUUUAUUAAUGACAAUGUGUAGAAGAUAUUUGUUUUUCAACAAGUCAUUUUGAUAGCAGGCUAUCAAAAAUGUUUUUUUCCAUAAUGUUAUGAUAGGAUUAUUUGGACAAAUUGAUAAAGACCCAAAAGUCUUGAUGGGUUGCACUGACAGAAACCUGUUUAGAUAUUUUAAGAAUUAAGUUUGUGUUUAAAUCAGUCCAAAAUUAUCAGUCAUUUCAAUUUGAUUUCGAAUGUCUUAAAAUGUGUACAUGUAUUAUUAGUAUAAGCAUAUAUGGAGUACUAACAAUUAAUAUAAGCCAUUAUGUGUUUAGACUGUAUUUGCAAGAUUUCAAAUGUAUGUAUGAUGUAAUAACUUUCAUAACCUGACCUUCCUUCCUUCCUUCCUUCCUUCCUUCCUUCCUUCCUUUCUUUUUCUUUAUUUCUUUUUUCUUUUUCUCUUCCUUCCUUCUUUCUUUCUUUCUUUCUUUCUUUCUUUCUUUAAUUUGGGUACAGCAGUUAGAUGGUACCACAAAAAACAAGAAGUCAGAUGUGCCCAUCACACCAGCAAAUAAAAUAUGAAUAUAGA